AUGGAGGAUCCGGCAGGCGUCUUCGACUACUUUGGUCUCAUCUUCAGUAUCUUGAAGCUGGCACUGGCGCUAUCGCCAAUCAUCGUUCUUGCUUCGCUGUUUUUCUUCAACACCCACACAGAGGACGUUGGUCGCGCGAAGCCUGUGGAUCUGUGUAGCUGGGGGAUAUGGAAUGAGGCGUACGGUCCUCGCUCAGCCGGAUGCAAUUCGUGGAAAGCCGUCGCUCGCUGUUCGAAGUUGAUCGAUCCAAAGGCCGCACCACCGUUAAGCAAGGCUUCCCGUGCGACCUGA